GCCUAGACCACACACAGCUGGAGCCUUUGACGCUUUGCGCGCGUACCCACGCAAGACGCACCUGACGCAGCAGCAACCACGCGUGCGCAGCAGCGGACGCCUCUCCGGCUUGGAAUCAGACACUCUCCCGCCCAACCCCUGUUCCCUCUUCAGACCGGAAGUGGCGCGUGCGUCUGCCUUUGACGCGCCCGACGCGUCCCCGGAGCCGAAGCGGAAGCGGAAGCGACCCGGAGAAGUUGCUCUGCCUCACGCUUGGCAGUCACGCGACCUGGUAAAGGGGAGGGGGAAGGAGCUCGCUUAAAGGGAGGGCGGCCGUUAAAGGCGUUGAACCCGGAAGAAAGCGGAGGUGCGUAUGGGGAAAGGGGGACCCGACAGUUAAGAGGCCGUCGGGAGACCUGCAAGGGGGAAGGUGGGAGGGAAGGCAGGAAGGCGCCGGGUGUUGACCCUCGCUUGUCGCUGUGGGACCAACAAGUGGGUUGCUGUCAUUAUUAUUAAUUAUUAGGGUACGCUUACUUCAUUCCGUACGCAAAAGAAGGAGUGGCGAUAUAUAAUAAUAAUAAUAAUAAUAAUAAUAAUAAUAAUAAUAAUUUAUUAUUUGUACCCCGCCCAUUUGCCUGGGUUUCCCCGGCCACUCUGGGCGGCUUCCAACAAAGAUUAAAAAUACAUUAAAAUGUCACACAUUAAAAACUUCCCUGUCUUCUCCCUUUCCUAAUAAUUUCGGAGCUGAAGCCGAGAGCCAUCGGCCCUUGUUUCCUCAACUGGGUUUGGGCGGCGACGGCUGGAAGUUUCUGGCUCCGUCGGGCUUCUGUGCCAACUUGAAUACAAUACUGGGAGGGGGGCUGGGCAGGUAAACCCCCCACCUCGCGUUUUCGAUCACACCAUUUGAAUGGCAAUGCCCGUCGAGGGGGCCCGACCCCUUCACAUACAGUAUUUGACUGAGGGGGCUGAAGGGACCUCUGCCCUAGAAGAGUCGGCUCCUAUGCAGGGAGAUAAUGAUGGCGCUCCCUCUCCCCACCCCCAAUAUAUAAGUACCAAAUGGUGUGUAUUUGGUACAUUUUUGCUUUCGCCUUUUUGUCUUUGCGUGGGCGUCUUGGGAGAGUCACAGCCCCACCUUGGUAGACCGCGGUAAGAUACUGCUGGUGUUGUAUCACCAUUGAUACUUGAAAGAGAGAUAGAUUUUGGUUUUGAUUUCUUAUUGCUGGUGGUGCACAUGACUCCCACAUAAGCCGCAGGAGCACACGUUCAUGAUUAUGAUUAUUAUCCUUUCACCUGCAGGUUCCAGGGCAGGUUAUGACAAUUUAGAAUUAAAAACAGCUAAAGCAGAUUACAAUCACAAGAAUGGGGUAGGUCAAAGGGUACGUGGCGAAGCAGAGGAGGUCUAAAGGAAAUGACUGAACUUAUCUCCAGCAACUGAAGGGCGGAUCUAUCUUAAGGUUGCAAAAUUAGGAAAUAUAGUAUAUGUAUUCUGCAAUGUAAUGUAAAGCACUGAGUCAUUUCAAAGGAAGAGUAGCUAUUGCUCUUUUAGCCCAGAUAUUUCUGCAACCUGAUAGCCUUCCCCCCCACCAGAUGGGGUCAAUUCAGUUAAGCCCAUGUAUAAACUCUUCCGCACCACUGGACUUUUCAUCCAGCCCAACAUUAUCUCCCACCAACCCCUUUGGGGUGGGGUUUAGCAUUUGCCUGAAGAAGGGUUCAUUUUUUAGUUAUUCACUUUUAAGUUGUUCCAAAUAAAGGCUUUGGGUAAUAGUCAACUAAGUUUUACUUAGAAUAGGCCCAUUGAAAUCAGUGGACUUAAUAAUGUAAAUUACUUUCAGUGGGUCUGAGUAAAACUUUGUGCCACACAUACUCUUGGUAUUUGAAUUGGUUCCCCUAGUGGAUCAGCACGGUAAGCCUGGGUUUUUCUUUUCUUUUUGUGUGGGAGGGGGCCGUUGCAGUCCUGUAACUCUGUACGUUUUGUAUUCUUGUCUGGCUUUUGUUUAUCAUUCAGAAGGGGUUCCAAUUACAAUAUAGACUUUCCUCCUCCUGUGUCUAUAGGAUCCCUGUAGUAUAGUACAUUUGCACUCCAGACAAAUAAGUGGGUAAACCUCGUUACGCUUUUUGGGAGAGUUGUUCUGUUGUCUAAAAAGCCAUGGUCCCAUGCCUGGGUGUCGGGCUUCACAGAUUUGGCAUGUCACAGGUUGGAAAUGCUAUGGGUUGACAUUUCCCAAUAGCAACUCUGCAUUGAAUGACUUUGAGAACAAGCUGUGAGUGCUAAGUGGAGCAGGGGUGGUGUAGUAGAAACUUGUUCUCUGCUAUAUUCACAUAGAAGGGCAAAUUGUUUUGUCACAAAACAUGCAACUUUUUCCCCCCAAAGGGUUUGGACUGUUCAUUUGAACACUUCUGACAACAUGGCGGAUGUAAGUAUAAUUAGCACUAUAAUGCACAUUUUGAAGUGGCUUGUUGAAUGUGACAGAGAGCUGUGUACCAAAGUAUUAUGCCUAAAAGAGUGGCCAUUUCCCCUGCUUUCAGGGACAGCUUAUGGUGUAAUGGAGGUUUCCAGUGAGUGAUUAUGAGUGUGAAUGGAAGACGUAGUUAAUUCUCCAGUACAUGACCUCUUAAUGUGUGCUGUAAGUGACUAAGGUAAACAGUUUCCUUUUCUUUCCUCUUCUAGGAAUUGAAAAGGUUCCUGUACAAAAAGCUCCCAAGGUAAGGUACCUAUGUAGAUUUACAUUCUGAACUUUUGAGUUUCACAUAUCAGGAAACCUGUGUUGAAAUUUCAAACCCAGUGCUAAACCUGUUCUCUAAGUGGGAGUUGGGAAUAAUUCUCAUUUAUCUCAGAGCAAUGUCCUGAGUCAGUAAUGCUUAUGGAGUCAGCCUUAGUAGGAUUUAAUGUGUUCUAUGAAUACUGUACCUUGAAAAAUUGUUGCUUUCAGGUACCUAAUUGGAAAGUGUUGGGGGGUGGGAGCUGUGUCCCUCCACUUAUUGAGGAACUUCAUACUGGGGGCUGUAGGAUAUUGCAUGGAGGUACACAGCUUAAGUCAGGGAAACUUGCAACACAUACCAACCAUGUUAGCAAGAGACUUCUGUUCUCGCCCCCGCUCUCUCACACACACGUGUCUGUGGCUCCCAGCCUUGAUUUAGUAACCUAAUAAUUAGGUAACCUAAUAUUAAAUGGUUCCAAAGUUUUGACACUACAAGCCGAGACAUAAUGCUUCAUUAGCCUUUUAUCAUCCUUUCUCCAAGUAGAAUAUAUGCAUCUGCUUAGCUUCAAAGUUUGGUCUGUAUUUCCCAUCAAAUUCUUUUUUGGACCAAGAAUGGGAAUAAUUUUCUGAACCUUUAAAUUCUUCAAAGGGGUUUGAGAAUGUUGUGGGUUUUGAUUGAGGCAUUAAUACAGUGCUGUAAUUGUUAAAUUGCAGGUUGUAAUUGUUAAAAAUGAUUAAUUGAUUAGCUGAGUAAGGCUAAAAAAAGAUGCAGGUGGCACCAUCAAUGUGAAAUAGUUGACAGUAUUUCUGGUUAGGUUGCUAAAAAUUCUACCUCUUUUACUUUUCCAGUGUUGAGGGACUCCAUGCUAUUGUAGUGUCAGACAGAGAUGGUGUACCUGUUAUCAAAGGUAAGAGAUAACCUGUGUAUUUAUCUGGAUAGGAAAUUUGCAUCAAUUUAAUGGAAAUAUAAAAUCCUUGUUUGCUCAAAAGCAAGACGUUUCCUCCUACUUUGAAAUAGACAAAAACAUGAAAUCAUUUUCACCUUUUAAACUUUUCCCUUGUGCAUCCUGAUUCCUAAGGAGAAAUUUUAAAUAUAACUAGGCACACAUAUCCACUCCCUGUCACCCUAGUCUUCUGUUGGCUUCUAGUGUAGACACGAGUCAGCAGAGAUCGCAGUGCCUAUUCGUCAGCUGUGAUGCACUUUCCUGGAUAGAAUAAGUGGAAGAAAAGAAUACUGUUUGAGGAAGCUGUAUGUGUAAACCACUUUCUUGGUGCUUUGGUAAUGGUGUGAGCUGGUUUCCUUCCGAGUUACAUUAGAAGAAAAAGCUGCAUUCAGGGCUGUGUGCACUCAGUCCUCAAAACUGCAGUCUUCAUUGCCAUACUGUACUGCAUUAAACAGUGUAAAAUGGCAAAUAGUUGCUUGAUGUUUACAUGCUUUGUAUAUUUGUGCCUUUACAAAUAUAGUUGGACUAUAACUUCCAUCAUCCCUGACCAUUAGCCAGUGGUGUGGGAUAAUGGGAGUUGUAGUCCAACAUCUUAUUGGGCCCCAAGCUUCAAAAAGGCUGGUAUAUUGCUUGAUGAUUUAAUUUGUAUACUGCCUUCAAUUCUAUUAUGGGGUAGGGAGUGGGGGAGGUACGGUUUAGGCAAGGAAAGGAGGAAUAUCGGAUUUGCUCUUGGGUAGUUAGAAGAGACGGAGUUCAGGAAAUUCUGCCUGAAGCAGAUGAUGGAUAGUUGACCUUGGAGGGCACUUUAACUCCACUUGCUGAGCAUUAGGAACCCACUUGAACACACCUUGGCUUUGUCAACAAGUUCUUUCACAGUCAUGACUAUUGACUAUUUUUCUUUAAAAAAUGUUAAUUGUGCCAUAGUAUUGCAAGAUCUUUUGGAAUUGCACUGUGCUUCAAUCUCACUACACUUGCGAGGACUAGUCCCUUGAGUUUGUGCUGCUGGUUCAACUAACAAAAUGCCUGUUAUCUGUGCAAAAUGUGUCUGUUACAAUAUUUGGAGACUGGCUAUAGAGUGUCCUCUUAUUCUAGUUGCCAACGAUAAUGCUCCAGAGCAUGCUCUUCGACCGGGUUUCUUGUCAACUUUUGCACUCGCAACAGACCAGGGCAGCAAGCUUGGGCUUUCAAAAAACAAAAGCAUCAUUUGUUACUACAACACAUAUCAGGUAAGAUGUAUUGUCUUCCUUCCAGAAUUGGCGGAUGAAUGGAUUUUGCAAGUAAUGUAAUGAAGCAUUGUAUUGGAAUGGGAGGAGUGGUGUUCUGUUUCAGCAAGCAAUCUGCUUGUGCCUAGCUGUUUUGGCCAAUAUCAUAAUCUGGCAGGAUGUUUCCUUCACCUUUUUAAUUAGUCUAGAAAAUUAUUGUUAACAGCACUACAUUGCUGAUGCAUUGUGUGCCAGUGUCUUGUAAAAAUCUAUUCUCAUCCUUACCCCACCAAUGGCUGCCAGUAAUGUUGUGUAAAGUUGGGCUCCAACUGCCAUCAGCCCCAGGCAACAUGGCCAAUGGUCAGAGCUGAUAGGAGUUCCGCAACAAAUGGAACCUGGUUAGAACCAUAAGAGGCUAGUGAACUGCGUGCCAGAAAACAUUUACUGUGUGCUGGAUUUUGAAAUGAAAUGUCUUUCUUCUUGUAGGUGGUUCAGUUCAACAGGUUGCCUUUGGUUGUGAGUUUCAUCGCUAGCAGCAAUGCCAACACAGGUACGUCUUCAGGACUGAGAGGCUUUGCUGCCUUCAGCACCCAUACUGCUAGAUUUAAGUUGUAAUAUGUGGGUACACUUGUGGUUUUUCAAAAUGCUAAGUACUUAAAAGAAAAAGGCCAGUUGCAUGAAAUUGGCAGGCAGUUCCUCUCCAACUCCCAAGUUGUGGAUAAUAUGAUAGAAGCAGAGCCGUACAACAAAAGUCACAGUGACAAGACAGCUCAGCUCCACUAGUCCCCUCACCUUGAAAAAGCCACGUGAGAUUUUCCUAGGGCAGGGGAUGGGCCAACUGGGAGCAAGGCAUCCCUCUUUCUCUCUUCCUCCUUGCCCUGUGGACUGUGUGGGAGUGGGGAGGGACAGUUUGCCCAUGCCAGAGGUCUAGGUUUCCCCCACCUGCAUAAAAUUAUGCAGGAACACAGGUUCUCGACUCCUGUUAAGGGAUGGUUCAGCAGAGGUGAUUGUGUAUACUGCUGCUUUGGCGCAAGGAGCAGAGUGUGGUUUCAGCACGUGAGCAAAGGGAAUGAAAGCUCUUAUGGGCCAGAUCCUGUGUUGCCUCUGCAAGUAUCUAGUUUAUAGUCAGUGGCAGUGAGAAUGUCUUGCUCCUGUGCCAAAAUGUUGGCAUGAAGUCCAGCUUCCCCAAAUAAUGUAUAGACAGGUUAUCAGUUCAUGUUUACAAAUGGAUCCCUCUAGUAUGAUAUAUAAACUUUGUUUUUCUCUCUCUUCCCUUCCUACUUUAUAUAUAUGUUUGUGUAGGGCUGAUCGUAAGCUUGGAAAAAGAGCUUGCUCCCUUAUUUGAAGAGCUAUGGCAAGUAGUGGAAGUCUCUUAACCUGGCACUUUAUCUCCAGAGUGAAGCAUCUCUUGAAUGCUGGACAGGAAAGAUUGAUUUCUUUUUUCCAACUCACUGCCGUGUAACAAAUGUCUUGGAGCAAAUGCUACUUUGUCUUGUUUUAAAUAAUUUAAACAAGUUGCAUAUAGAGCAAAAUGUAGAAUACGAUGGGGAGAAGGGGGUUCGGGCUGCAGGUGCAUUUGUUAAAACUACAGGGUAUUGUGGAGACCAGCUGAUGACUCCCAUGGAGUUAACUUCAGGCAUGCAUAAUAUAUUUCAUAAGAAAAAAAUACUGUUCAGAAUUGGCUACCCCCAGCUCACUUGCUGUACGAGUAAUGGGUGUGCCUGUCUUUGAACUACCACUAUAUGAACAGUGCAAAAAUACGUUUUCCUUUCCCAUUCUUGCAAUGAAGACUUCCUAAUAUUUGCUCACAUUUUGCAUCAAUGCUAGAAAAGCUUCCCCUCACAAUCAGUGACUCAUGGUUUGUUUGGAUAGAGAAAUACUAAUAGCCUGGAAGCUUUUUUAAAAAAACAGGUACAUGCUAGUUCUCUUCAAUACUGCUACAGCUGAGCUCUUACAGAGAUCGCAUCAAUCAGUGUUCUUUUUGCAUACGUAUUUGUAAAACAGAAGGAUGAAAUUUCUUGUUUUAUCCCAUUUCUAUUUAAGUUCAUGUAAUUAUGUUGCUUUGCUGCUUCAUCUUACCUUUUUGCAUGUCCCUAAACAGAUUGAAAUAAAAGUGUGAAUAAGA